AUGCCCAACCCUGAGGCAUUUGCAGAGCCCCUGCAUCUGCUCCGUUCCCGUUCCCGGGAGACAGAAAGCCCGGGGAAGGAGUGCCGCCAGCCCUGGGGCCUGGGCCCGGAGGGGAGAGAGCUGCAAACCGACACCGUGGAGGAGAAGCCAGUCCAGCGUAUGCAGAGACUGCUCCCCUGGGUGGAGGAGGACACGCUGCAGGAAGCUGCACGGAGAGAGUGCAGGUGGAGGGCGUGGGUGCAGGAGCCAGUCACCUUUGAGGACGUGGCAGUGAACUUCACCCAGGAGGAGUGGAUGUGUCUAGAUGUCCGUCAGAGGGCCCUCUACCAGGACGUCAUGUCAGAGACCGUCAGAAACCUGAUGUCUGUGGAUCUGGUCACGAAGCUCGAGCAAGAAGACAAACAGUGGAGGACGGAGCUCCGGCCCCAUUCCCCCCGCGGAGAAGGCCUCCCUUCCGGUAAAAAGCAGGAGCUUACAGAAGGGAGUCUGAGCAGGAGGGGCAGAGAUCAGGAGGUCCCCCUUGCUGGGAGGGGCUCAGGCCGGCCCUGUGCCCCCGUGGGGUCCAGGCACAGGGCCCCCGAGUGCGCAGCCCCCCAGCCCGGGCCGCCGUUCCCCUGCCACGUGUGCGGCAGGGCCUUCAGCAAGCGCUCCAGCCUGCACAACCACCAGUUUGUGCACAGCCCCCACGCGACGCACAGCUGCAGCCAGUGCGGGAGGUCGUUCCGGAACCCCACGGACCUCAGCUACCACCGCCGCAAGCACCUGGGGGAGAGGCCCUUCUGCUGCCCACUCUGCGACAAGACCUACUGCGACGCCUCGGGGCUGAGCCGGCACCGCCGCGUGCACCUGGGCUACCGGCCCCACCGCUGCGCCUUCUGCGGGAAGGGCUUCCGGGACCGGUCGGAGCUCAAGCGGCACCAGAAGACGCACCAAAACCAGGAGCCAGCGGCCAGGGACUGGGAGCGGGCUGUGAGGAUGGUGGGCGCCAGCGCCCAGUCUCAGAGGUCCCCGGACAGGAGCCAGGCGAGCAGCUGGGAGCUGGCGGCCAGGACCCGAGACCCUGUAUUUGGAACCCAGGGUCCUGUCGCUCAGACCCAGCCGUCCACAGACAGGAAGCAGGUGAUUGCUGUGAAACCUCACGCACGGGCCACUGCAAACCCGGGGCCUGUGACCGGGACCCAGGACCCCGACACCAGAGCCCCCUGCCGGGACACCAAGCCCAGCUGCCCCCCGGCAAAGCCUGCAGGACUCAAGGUCUUCGCGGGCCCGCACUGCCCUCUGACGUUUGGCAGGAAGGCCUGUGCGUCCGGCCGCCAGAAGGCCCACCUCACGGAGCAGCCACGCUGCUGUUUCCGCUGUGGCAAGGCCUUCGGGUCCCUCUCGGGGCUGGCCAGGCACCAGCUCGCACACUGGAAGCGGCAGGUCUACCGCUGCCCCAUCUGUGACGUCUGCUUUGGGGACAAGGAGGGCCUCGUGGGCCACUGGGGGGGCUCCAAAGGCAAGGACACGUGCCAGUCCGUCCUGGCUCAGUGGCUCGGCUUCUUCCGCGAUGCCUCCCCUCUGGCGGGAAAGGAGACGGUUGUGCUCCAGGCCCCAGGCCCCCAGGAGAGGGCAGGGGGGAGGGGAGAGGGCGUGCCGAGCUGAGAAAGCAAGUGAGACCCUGAGGGGCUUGGGACAUAGGGAAGCAGCCACUCUGUGUGCCUGCGGUUCCUGGCCCUGACUUCCGGUGCAGGAAGAGAAGUGAGCCGUCGUGAGGGAAAGGCAGAAAGGCACAGUGGUUCACGGAAACUUGUAUUAUUAUUACUUAGCACCUGGCUUGUUUCUUUGUGUCUGAUACACCAUCAAAUAGUAAUGGUUGCAGAAAACAGUGGAGGUUCUGAUGGACAGGAGGGCAGGGCUGGAGGAGGAGGGGGCUGGGCGAGCGUGGGGACCGGCGUGUGGCCUCCUCCGCAGGCUUCGGGCCACAUCCAGGCUCCCCAGGGUCUCCCUGCAGCUCACUCGGCUCUGAUGGUUUGGACUCUCCCUGCCCCUUCCCUCAGCCCUGCCCCUCAGGACUGGCACCUUGGGCAGAAACAACCAGCGUUUUCGAGGUUAGCACGCUGGACUGUGCAGCAGGGGUGCCCUGGUCACAGUCCGCGGCCGAGAGCCUGCUGCCAUGUCACUGUCAGCUCAGGUGUCAUCGGGGAGAGGAGUGCCACCUGGCUGUGACCAGAGGGGCUUCCAGAUGGACAACAGGGCAGGAGAGAUGAAGGCAGCAAGAGAUGGGGACAGAGAAGGCCAGUGACGGAAGGAGAUGCAAUCCCUUUGAGAACUCCCAGCAUUCCUGCAAAUGCAGAUUGGAAGGUCCGUGCCAAGAGGAGGCCAGUGAGUGUGCAAUGUGGGGGGUUCUGCACGUCGAGGGCCAGUCUGUCCGUGAACCAGCCAGGCUCAGAAGGGGUUUCCUAGAAGGAGGAGAAAGUGACUUGAAAAAUCUGUCUGCAGUGCUGAUCACCAAGCCAUUAAGCCCUGGGAGCCUCUCUCCUCUGUGGGGGGUCUUGGAGGUGAGGCUCCUGGGGUUGCUGGGCAGCCUGGGAGUCUAGGCAGGCGCGGGAGGGUCCUGCCUUCCCCUUGGGGUCCCUCCGGCUACCCCUGCUGCGGAAGGUCCCACCCGCCUCCCCCUUGGGGUCCCUCU